AGUGAUGUCCAAGGAAAGAUGGCGGAAGGAGGAGCGGCGGAUCUGGAAACCCAGAGAGGAGAGGUUGUAGCGCUUCUCAAAACACAGCUACGAAAAGGAGACACUUGGUACCUGGUGGACAGCUGCUGGUUUAAGCAGUGGAAGAAGUAUGUGGGAUACGACAGCUGGGAGAAACAGCAGAUGGGAGAUCAGAAUGUGUACCCAGGACAUGUGGACAACGCAGGUCUUCUCAGAGAUGGGGAUGUUCUGGCCAUCAAGGAGCAUCUCAUUGAUGAGCUUGACUACAUUCUGGUCCCAACAGAGGGCUGGAAUAAGUUAGUGAGCUGGUACGGACUGAGCGAGGGACAGGAAGCCAUUUCACGCAAGGUGGUGGAGCAGGGGAUGUUUGUGAAGCACUGCAAGGUAGAGGUGUACCUGACAGAGCUGAAGCUGUGUGAAGAUGGAGACAUGGAGAAUCUGGUUACCAGACGCUUCAGCAAAGCUGACACUAUCGACGUAAUAGAGAAGGAGAUGAGGAAGUUGUUCAGCAUCCCAGACGAGAGAGAGACGCGCCUCUGGAACAAGUACAUGAGCAACACCUUCGAGCCCCUCAAUAAGCCAGACAGCACCAUCCAGGAUGCUGGUCUGUACCAGGGGCAGGUGCUUGUCAUUGAGCAGAAGAAUGAGGAUGGCAGUUGGCCCAGAGGGACCUCAUCUCCCAGGUCAUCGGGUGCUUCCAGCCUUUCUGCUUUGCCAAAGAUCUCACCUCUCACAAACAACCAUAACAGCAGCUUCAACAGCAGGAAUGUGAAGAAUUCCAGCUACACACUCCCUUCCUACCACCCCUACAACAGCUACGAACUCCAAGACAAGAGCAAAGCAAGCGAGCGGGCGGGCCACUGUGGGCUCUCUAACCUGGGGAACACCUGCUUCAUGAACUCUGCUGUCCAGUGUUUGAGCAACGUGCCUCCGCUGACGGAGUACUUCCUGAAGAACAAGUACAGUGAGGAACUGAAUGAGGACAACCCUCUGGGCAUGAAGGGGGAGAUUGCCAAGGUGUACGCAGACCUGAUCAGGCAGAUGUGGGCCGGGCGGAACAGCUACGUCACCCCCAGACCUUUUAAGACCCAGGUGGGGCGCUUCGCCCCCCAGUUCUCUGGCUACCAGCAGCAGGAUUCCCAUGAGCUCCUGGCCUUCCUAUUGGACGGUCUCCACGAGGAUCUGAACCGCAUCCGAAGGAAGCCCUACAUCCUGCUAAAGGAUGCGGACGGACGUCCCGACAAGGUGGUUGCUGAGGAGGCCUGGGAGAACCAUAUCAAGAGGAACGACUCCAUCAUCGUGGACAUCUUCCACGGUCUCUUCAAGUCUACGCUGGUCUGUCCUGUCUGCUCCAAGGUGUCCGUCACAUUCGACCCCUUCUGCUACCUGACCCUGCCACUGCCCAUGAAGAAGGAGCGCACACUGGAGGUCUACCUGGUCAGGCUGGACCCCAUGACCAAGCCCACACAGUACAAGAUAACAGUGCCCAAGGUGGGUAACAUAUCUGACCUGUGCAUCUCGCUGUGCAGUCUGUCUGGAGUUUCAUCUGACAAGAUGAUUGUGACGGACAUCUACAACCAUCGCUUCCAUCGCAUCUUUGCCACCAGCGAGAACCUCAGCAGCAUCAUGGAGAGAGACGACAUCUACGUGUUUGAGGUUAGUGUGAGUCGGGCGGAGGAUGCAGACCACGUGGUGAUUCCGGUGCAUCUGAGGGAGAAGAACAAGCAGCUGGGCUACAACCACACCAGCACUCCUCUGUUCGGACUACCCUUCCUGCUCUCUGUCCCGCGCUGCCUCAGAGAGGACCAGCUGUACAACAUGCUGCUGCUACGCCUGGGGCGGUUCCUGCGCUCAGUCGCUCCUCAGGAUGGAGAGGAGCACGUUGUCAACGGCAACACCACCAACGGGAUCCUGGAGGAGGGCUCCCCUAGUGAGAUGGAGACUGACGAGCAGGACGAGGAAUCCAGCCAGGACCAGGACCUGCCCUCCGAGAACGACAAUAGCCAAUCAGAGGACUCAGUGGGUGGGGACAAUGACCUGGAGAAUGGGAUUUGUCCUGAGCGCAAAGGGCAGCACACGGUGCAGAAGAAGCGUCUCUUUACAUUCCAAUUCAACAACAUGGGCAAGACGCAGCUCAGCUCCCUGCAGGACGAGCCCAGGCAGAUAUGCUUCGACGAGGGCCACCUGCGGCUCAGUGACCGCUCCUAUCUCUCUCUUGACUGGGAACCGGAGGUCAAGAAGAAAUACUUUGAUGAGAGUGUUGCAGAGGACUUUGAGAAGCACGAGAGCAUGGAAUACAAGCCCCAGAAGAAGGCAUUCUUCAAACUCAGAGACUGCAUCGACCUGUUCACCACCACAGAGAAGCUGGGAGCUGAAGACCCCUGGUACUGCCCCAGCUGUAAGCAGCACCAGCAGGCCAGUAAGAAGCUGGACUUGUGGGCUCUGCCCCCUGUGCUGGUGGUGCAUCUGAAGCGCUUCUCAUACAGCCGCUACAUGAGGGACAAGCUGGAUGCCCUGGUGGAGUUCCCUCUCAGAGACCUGGACAUGUCCGAGUUCCUCAUCAACCCCAACACCGGGCCCUGUCGCUACGACCUCAUUGCUGUCUCCAACCACUAUGGAGGGAUGGGAGGCGGCCACUAUACAGCCUACGCUAAGAACAAGGAUGAUGGCAAGUGGUUCAACUUUGAUGACAGCAGUGUGUCAACUGCCAACGAGGACCAGAUAGUGUCCAAAGCAGCAUAUGUGCUGUUUUACCAGCGGCAGGACACUGUGAAAGGAACAGGCUACUUUGAACUGGACCGCGAGGAGGAGGAGGAGAGAGUGGAAGAGGAGGAGAGAGAGGAAGAGGAGGAGGGCGACGAGGACGAGGAGGAGAGGAGUGCAUCUGCUCAGGGAGCCACAGCCGCCAGUGAUGAGGAAGAUGUGAACGACAACAAGAAGGAGGAGGAGGAGGAGGAGGAAGAGGAGGAGGAGCCUAGUUUUGAUGUCACCAUGAAAUCUAACUGAGAUCCGUCCAGGCAGAAAUGUGAAGCUACAGAGUCAGGGUGUGGCUGCCUGACAUGCUGGCCAACUGUGUCACCGCAGGGUCAGAGAAUGCUCCAGCCAGUCAGGACAGAGCGGGUUAGGGUCACUGUGUCUCCAACUCUCUUAGAUGAGUCUGACUUCCUGGAAUAGUGUGAACCCUAGCCCAGUCAGGAUCUACAGUCCCUCCUGCCACAGUUCAUCAUGCAUAUCAUUAGGAGGAUUACAUUUUCAUGAUGAUUUUAUUAUGAAUUACUUCAUGUAUGUCAUUUGAAAGAAUACUGAAUCAUUAUUAUUUUUAUGGUUUUCAUAAUGCAGAGACUUGUUUUUGAACUUUGUGCUUUGUUUUCCAUCACCCCUACAUCCCCUCUCUGUUUCACAGUGCUACACCUCCCUCUCUGUUUCACAGUGCUACACAUCCCUCUCUGUUUCACAGUGC